AUGUUGCAGUAUUUUUGUACAAGCUUCUUAUUCUAGCUUGUUUUGAUACAAUAAAAACACGGGUGUGCGGUUUAAGAAAAUAUAUCUUUAUUAUUAUUCUGUAUUAUUACUGAAUAAAUAUAAAUCUAACUUUAUUACACGAAACUUUUGACAUAUUUUACAUACGCAUUGUUGAAAUUCAAACCUCCCAAACAAUUUUAUUAGAUUCUAGAUUUAUUAAAGAAACAUCCGCCUAUUUAAAACAAAGUAGCUAAGACGACUCUUAAAUACUUUUAAAACAAAUUGUGCAAGGCAACAAAAAAUUGGUGACAAUGAUGCCUGUUUCGUCGUGUAAACUAAAAUAUUGCCCAUGCAGGUUACCAGAUUCAAGCAGUUUACCAGAUAGAAAAUAUGUGGAAAAUAGUUUUUCAUAUAAAUUUGGAAUGGAGACACUACACUUACAAAAGGUUCCUUCAUAUCGAACUGUUUCAUAUCGCAACUUCAAUGAAUUAAAUUCAAAAUUUAUUAAUCAAUAUUCGUCAUUGAAGUAUAGCAUAGAUGAUAUGCAAGAAAGACAUUUUUUACAAGAUAAGCAAUUACGUUGCACAAGUCUACAAGAUAACCAAUCACGUUGCACAAGUCUACAAAAUAACCAACUGUAUUGCACAAGUCUACAAAAUAAGCAAUUGUAUUGCAAAAAGCUUGAUACGUUAAAUAGUUACUAUUGCACCAGCCAAAAUGGAUAUCGGCGAAUUCGAAUGCGCACAAAUUUUUCUCCGUGGCAGUUAGAAGAGCUUGAAACAGCAUUUAAGAAAUCAUAUUAUCCGGAUGUAUAUACAAGAGAGGUGUUAGCAUUGAAGUUGGAAAUAGCUGAGUCAAGAAUACAGGUUUGGUUUCAAAAUCGCCGUGCUAAAUGGCGAAAAGCAGAAAGAAAUUUGUUAAUAAACAAUAAUAUUGACAAUACGCAAGUUGAAAGCAAAAGCAAAACAGAAAAUUUAUCUUUGAAACAUAAAAUACCUAAUGCAGCUAAGGAAGAACUUUCAACAGUCGCCAUCACGGACAAUUCAGCGCCCAGUAUUGAUGAAAACAAAACAACAAACCUUAGACAAGAUAAGUCUGUACAAGAGUGGCAUGUAAAACUUACAUACAAAAAUAAAACAGAACACAGCGAUGAUUUUUGUAAAUGGCAGCAAAAUGUUUUCGAAAAAAAUGACGACUUUAAUAGAGUUCCACCUAAGCUUAUACCAAUUUCAAAAAACUUUGGAAAGAGUAAGUUAGACUAAAGACCUUUUAAUAAAGAAAAAUACUCAAAAAGUAUUCUGUGUUCUGGGUUUAAAAACUUGUUAUUAGAUAAAGCAUACAAGUUAUAAGCUUUUUAUAGCUUUAAAAACCUAUACAUAUUUUGUAUGUACAAAAGAUGUAAAAAAGAUGUGUAAUAGUAAA